GGUUAGAUUUGCUUUCCGAGAUUCUUCUGGUUUCGUUGAAGAAGACACUAAAGGCGACAUGACUUCGUGCAUCAGCCUGUUAACCACGUUACUGGUGUUCUGUGUCCUAAACGUGAUUCUGAUGCCAGGAUCGGUCCACGCUAGACCACCCUCUUUGCUCAGCAGACAGAGACGUGUGUCGGAUCAGAGACUCGCAGAAAUAGAGACUCUUCUCGGAUUGGAGAACGUGAAGGGAAAAGUAGUGACGGUUCCAGUUGCAUUCGGAAUGUUGGACCCAGAUAAAAUAGGUCGUAGACGAAGGUCUGCCACGAACAAUAGACUGGAAACUCUGCAACGUAUCAUGAAGAUCAUCGUUAAUAAUCCUGAGCUGCUCGACGAGGAGAAAAUUCUUUCGUUGCCAGUGAAGCUGAAAGAGAGUCGACGAAGCGUGGACGACGCUUAUUACGCCAUUUAAGUCCGAGGCACGCAGUCGCGCUGGGACCCAGGGCGAACACGAAGACAGAGUCGAGAGAGCGAGAAACAACGAAGCAAAAGAUACAAAAAGAAAAAAAAAAGUUAAAAGAAAAGGGGAAGAAGAGGAGAACGAGGAAGAAAGGGAAGAAGAAGAAGAAGAUUUCGAAGGAAGAAGAGAGGGACAAUUAGAAUAUAAGAUGACACACGCGAUCUCUCGACCCUAAAA